GCUCCGUCCUCUCCCCGUGUACACAUAUCAUCUCGCAUCCUCUUUCUCCGUCCACCUCCCCUCCUCUUUUCUCUCCUCAACAUGCCAUUCUUCAGGAGAAAAAAAGACAAGCUUAACGCGUCUGCCCUGACCUUUCACUCAGCAGAGCAACUGUCAACCUUUUCCUCCCAGCACAUCAACAACAACAACACUCACUCUGGGUCUUCCUUUCCCGACUUCCAUCGUUUUUCCGACCGCCGUAGUGGUCUCCGCACCGACCGACAACAGCCCCUCCAUCGACCAUCUCAAUCCCAAUCUCACACUCAAGCACAAGCUCCCCAGGAAUCAAUCCCGGAACCUGCCUCCAUUCGGCGUACUCAAACCGCUCAUCUCCUCCAGGACCCCGAACCAGUACGCUCCUCUUCUACCAUUUAUACUACGAAUCAAUGCUGACCCGACCAGCGCCCCAACGGCGAAGACGACCGGCGCAAGUUACAAAAACACCAGACAACCAAGAAACCCUCGUCUACCUCGUCCUCCCCUCCCUCGUCCACCGCAAAAGACAUC